CAAAAGAGUAGGCAGCAGAAUUUGGGUCUCCCAGGAGUCCAGUAGACUCCAAAUUCCCCAACCUCCCGCGUUCAUACCAAAAUUCCACAGAAUCUUCCAUAUUUUGAUUCUCAUGUAUACAGAAUCUUAAUUAUUGUCAAUCCUCUUUUUUAAUUCAAUAAUAAUAAUUGUUUUUUUCUUUUUGUUUCUCGGUGGCCAUGGCGCUGAGAUCCGACGAUAGAAAAUUGUCUUUCGAGGUUCUGAGCCAAAGCAUGUCUUUCGAAGAAGACGAAUCCUUAUUCUUCUACCGCUCAAACUCAGAUCCAAUCCAAAACGGCGUCGUCGUCCAAUCCAAGCCCAAUCCCAAUCGCAAGAAACGGAAACACAGGCGAAAGAAACCGAUCCACUCCGAGUCCUCCAUUCGCGAAGAUCCGAUCGCCGAAGCAACACUCGAUCCCGAAACGAGCCGCACCAAUGGAUUGGAAUCGAACUGCACGCACAGUUACAGCGUCGAGAGCAGUAGCGUGUGUACUGUGGUCACGGAGCCGGAUUUCCAGAAUGUGCGCGGCGAGGGGUUCAAUUUGGGGGAGCUGCGGCAGAGGAGCGUCAGCAUCAGCGGCGCCAGUGACGACGCGGCGUCGCGGGUUGGGGGAGACAAUGAGAAGGUGAAGGAGAAGGAGAGAGAGAAGGAGGAGGAGGAGAGCGGCGUAGAAGUGAGCUCCGCCGUGAAGCAACGGGCCGAGCCGAACGGGAGUGUCGGUUCCAAGAAGUUAGAGACUGAGAAGUCAUUGGAUUGGAAGCGGCUAAUGGCGGAUGAUCCCAAUUUGUCGUUUACGGUGGAUAAGUCACCGUUGAAGUACUUCAUGGAAGAAAUGUACAAUGGCAAUGCGUUACGGAACACGACGACUAUUGGAAAUGAGGUAGAGCGCGAGAGAGUUUACGAUACUAUCUUCCGCCUGCCUUGGAGAUGUGAAUUGCUUAUAGAUGUUGGCUUCUUUGUCUGCCUCGAUUCAUUUCUAUCCCUAUUAACUAUCAUGCCGACAAGGAUUGUAAUGACCUUAUGGAGGCUCCUACGCACAAGGUGGUUGAUAUAUGCUUCUUGUCAGCUGAGCUAUGGAACUUUAGCUAGAGGACUAUUAGCACAUAAGCAGUUCAAGAUGUGGUCUGCAGCAGAACUGUCUGAUUUUGGCUGUUUUCUUAUAAUUGCCUGUGGAGUCACUCUUUUGCAGCGAACAGAUAUCAGCUUAAUAUAUCACAUGAUUCGUGGUCAAGGAACAAUCAAAUUAUAUGUGGUGUACAAUGUUUUAGAGAUAUUUGAUAGACUAUGCCAAAAUUUUAAUGGGGAUGUGUUGCAAACUUUAUUUAAUUCGACGGAAGGACUAGCUAGUUCUCCACCUGAAAACCGGAGAUUAUGGGUGUGGAGAUUCAUUUUUGAUGAAGCUUUAGCCAUGGGUGCUUCAAUUGUUCAUUCUUUCAUAUUGCUAGCUCAGGCAAUUACUUUAUCUACAGUUAUCGUUGCUCACAAUAAUGCCUUGCUUGCUUUAUUGGUGUCCAAUAACUUUGCCGAGAUAAAAAGUAAUGUGUUUAAGCGUUUUAGCAAGGAUAACAUUCACGGUCUGGUAUACUUUGAUUCAGUAGAGAGAUUUCACAUUUCGGCAUUCAUGUUAUUCGUUUUGGCUCAAAAUAUUUUGGAGGCUGAGGGUCCCUGGUUUGAAAGUUUUGUUUCUAACGCACUCAUGGUUUUCAUCUGUGAAAUGGCUAUUGAUAUCAUAAAACAUUCAUUCAUUGCCAAAUUCAAUGACAUAAAGCCUACUGUAUAUUCUGAGUUCCUUGAAGACCUAUGCAAGCAGCUCAAGAAAGAUCAGCAUCUCUCGGAAGGACAAUGUGGAUUUGACCCAUCGAUUCUGCCCCUGCAUUUGAUCAAACCCUGCCAAGUGAUCCACUGAAGAAAUUGAAUUUAGGUUUGAAUUAUGCAACUAGUUGAUCUCUGGAGUUGACUCCAAACCCAUAAGCCUUGCCACUGUCCCUGCUUAGUGGUAGUCUUUAUAUUUUCCUUGGCCUUCAAUUCUUGAUCUUUAUCACAUACCACUGAAUCAGCUUCUUUGAUUUGAUCUGAAAAAGGGUGUGUAUGAAGGUUUCCAGGGUGGAGAAUUUGGCGUACGAUGCUUGCUAGACACCCAGCUGUGGCACUCUUCAAAUUUAAUAAUUUUUUUUAAUAUUAAGAAAGUAUUUUUUAAUGGAUAGCAGCAGCUUGUGGAUGGUAAGAUCAAUGUUGGCAACGGAGUGUGAACUUUUAUGAGAAAAAAAUGACAAAAAUGAAACUUGAAGGACGAAAAUGACAAUCUUAGAGGGUGCAAUUUGGAAUUUUGCCUUAUAUAAACAAUAAGCUCAUAAGGAUAUUGUUCAAAUACCUAAGCUAUAUCUCUUAAAUGCCAUCAACAAAACCUUUGCUAUAUUUUACUGAUUCUAUUUUAGACGUUGCCCAGAUAUUUAUUAGUCCUAAAUUAAACUGUUAACUAAGGUUUUUUUCUCCUCUUGAGAAUUAGUGUUGAAUUGUUCAAAGUAUAAGACAUGACAUAUGACAGUGGAUCACCAUGGGUUGAAUGCAUGUCUAACAACUUUUUUUUUAAUGAGUACAUAAAUUUAUUGAAGAAGGAAAAGGGAAGGAGACAUAGGAAGGAUAUGUGUACAAUCCCUUUUCAAAGAAUACAAAUCGCAAAGAGAGAAUCUAUAAAAUCAACAAAUGACUGACAAGUGUUAGAAAAGUGUCAAGAAUAGUGUCAAGAAUCCAACGUUAUAAAAAUAUUUGCAAUUGUUUACCUGAUGAGAAGAGUCAGGGGCAUGUGUUAGAUGAUUAUUAUUGUUUUGCAACUUUCUGAACCAUCACUGCUUCUCUUUAGAGUUGGUGCUAUGCAAAUUGUAGUGCUGUAAGGGUGUCAAAAAAGUAUGUUGACAAGAAUUGAUCAAUACAAUGAGCCUGAAUUUAACUUGGUAGUAUUUCACUCUCUCUCCUGUCCCCUAGGAGUGAGUAGGGCUACUGAUGUGCUAGAUUGUUCUCUGCAGUUGGUUGUGGUUUGACUUGCUACCUACUUGUUCAAGCUUGUAUACUUAGUAAAUGUACAGUGCUUGAGCCCUGAGUGGGCAUAUCAGCAUAUGACACUUAGAAAUAUGAUAUUCUACUCUGGGUCAUUGUCAAUUUAGUCUCUACAUAUUGGUAGUAGUCAAUUUAGUCUUUGUUAUUUUGAACUUGCAAUCAAUAAAUUAACCGCUACUAAAAUAGUAAAAUGUAAGGACCAAAAUGAUUUUUUUGCCCAAGUUCUAGUUAGGAGGAGGGGGAAAGAAAGAAAAAAA